UACAGUUAAAGGAUUCAUUCAGAUGAGAGCAAAGAAGAACACAAGAAAAACAUGGACUAACUCUUCAAGAUGAUGACGAGCAUCAACAGGAACUCUGACGUUCUGCCCCUGCAGGCACAUAGGUGCGGCUGGGGCUGCCUCGGUCCUCUCACCUUCCACAACUCGGCUAUGGGCGAAAGGAUCCACCUGAGUCUGGGCUGCCACCUGGCAGAGAGGAAGGGGGGAACGUUCAAGAACGGCCUGGUGUUCAGCAGCCGCACAGUGAAGCCCAUGGAGAAGAUCUGUCUGCGGGUGGAGGAGGAUGUGGUGAACUGGCACGGAGCUCUGCGUGUGGGCUUCACUAAUGUCUCACCUUCCUCCAGAUCUUUGCCUCUCCCCAGCAUGGCCAUGCCCGAUCUGACCAACACCCCCGGACACUGGGCUGCUGUUCUUCAGGAGUCCUUGUGCAUCGAAGGUUCAGAGCUAGAAUUCUGGUUCUCCUCUAAGGGCAAAAUCUACGUCUCUGGACGCAACUGCAGCAAACACAAGCUGGUGGAAGGGGUGGACCUCAGCAAGCCGCUGUGGGCCAUGAUCGAUGUCUACGGAAAAACGCGCUCCAUCUUCCUACUGGGCUCAAAGAAAGACUCAUGGUCCGGGACAAAAACCUCCUGUCUUGCACCUGCACGCAUCACUCCACCUGAUGACUGUAAAUUCUACAGUUCAGACUCCAACAUUAAAGAAAGCAUCUCUUUACUAAAAACAGACAACCAGACAGGGUCAUCCAUGAGUUCGGCAGCUGCCCGCUAUGCCGAUAUCCCGUCAAACUUUCACCGGAGGAGAGGACGGUGUGAGGAUAACUCAAUCACCAGAGUACAAGCUAUACUGAGUGACAGCAACAAGAAAACGCUAUGAGCUCAAACAAGCACUUUAUUAAGAUGUGAACAUGUUUUUCAAUGUGUAAAUACUGUACAGACGUGUGAGAUAAAAUGUGAAAUGUUAAAGUGAAGGUGAAGGUUUAUUUACAUGAUGUGAAAGAAAUAGGGAAGCAAGAGAAAAAGGAAAAAUGCACUUAU